UUCACCCGUUCACAUUGUCCCCAAAUUCGAACAUUUACACGUUAAGCUUUGUGCACAAGUUUAUCUGAAAUUCUCAGGCCGACAACCGACGGCCCUAGAUAGUUCCACCGAAAUGUCCCAGUCCGGCGAUAAGUCCCAUCCAGAUACCAGUGCCCCCAAGUCCGAUCCCGAUCCCGAUCCCAAUGCCGAUGGUGGAAAGCUGCGCAAGCUAAAGUUCGCCGGUUGUUGCCAUCUGAAGGACGAGGCCCUGGCGCGUCUAUACAGGAUCGAUCGGCUGACCGACGAGGAGCUGGCCUCCGUGGACCUGAACCGCAGCUCCCUGAUCGACGACUACCGUCACCUGCACGAGAUCUCGCUGAUGAGGCAGGGGGAAGUUAACCCGGCCCGUCCGAGCCGACCCCAAACUCCCCGAAAGUGCCCCUCCAAAUUGCCGCAGUUGCGGAUCAAGGAAGUGAAGGUCACCAAAAUGUACAAGUUCCAGUUGCUCAAUCAACUGGUCAAGGUGAUGAGUUCGGAGGUCGAGCCACUGAGCGUUUUCCAGGAGAAGCAGUUCCAGUUUGAUGCCACCUACCACGAGGACGAGGAGGUCCAGCAGCUGCCGCCGAAGGAGCGCGAGAGGCGCCGCUUCAAGUCCUUUUGCGAUCAUCUGGACAACAUGUUCGUCAGCGGGGACCGCAACAUGGCCAUCGACAUGGUCGUGGAUGCCCUCAUCCGUCUGAAUAGGCGUCGCAAGCACAUCCCCCCCAAAGGACCCAUCGUUCCCAGUCGCAUCCGUGGCGUUCCGGUUGCUCGUCGUUAAUGCUAGUUAUCAAAAUAUCCAAUCCAUCUGGUAUCAUGAAAUCACCGAUCAGACACACCCCCAAAAUCAUUCGAAAGCGUGUUGUAUAGGAAAAGCUGGAAAAUCGAAAGCAAUCGUUUUCUUUUUUGUUAAUUUUUAUUUCGAUUCUCCACAGAAAUACACUUUCUCUCCAGUAUAUUAUAUUUUAAACACAUUUUAAAUUAAAUUUCGAUUUCCCAUUCAAA